AUGACUGUCAUUCACAUUGUCCUCGUCCAGGUCAAGCAGUCGGUGCUGUCCAACGGCUUUGACGAGCUCAAGCAGAAAUGCGAAACGCUCAAAGACCUACCCAUCACGAAAUCCAAAGCGACCGAGAUCAAGUGGGGUCCUCCCGAGUAUCCUGGCCGCAACCAAGGCUACAACUGGGGUCUGUACAGCGUAUUUGCUUCUCGCGAAGACUAUGAGGCGUAUCGUGACGACGAGGAACACCGCAACUUCUCUAAGACGGUGCUUUUGCCCAACACCGACGCCCUUCUCGCCUACGACUUUGAAAUCUGA